CUCAAACUUUCACACCAAUGCCCAGAUACAGCUUGUUCCAUUUCUGAAUAUUAACUGUGUGAUUUCUUCCCGAGUCUUCUGGUUGCUGCACCCAACAUGAAGCCCAUCUCGAAUCAACAGGAAAUUAUUAGAUAUGCUCGUGCUCGCGACAACCCGUAUUUCGACGGAAUGCGAAGAGGCGAAGCGGCGGCCAUGAACAGGGGCGGAAGUACCUACGACACCACAUCUGCAAGAAAAAACGUCUACAGAUCCGCCGCCGACCGAGGGCCCCGACACACGAACCAUAAUAUCUUUGCAAAUGAAGAGGCGACCGCCGACACUACUCCAAAAACCUCGUUCCCGGACAUCGUUCUUGAACCCAUCGGCCGCUCAUCUUCGGGGAGGUGGUCCAAGACUUCCUCACCAAUAAGAGUUCUUGAAGAAUCAGACGUGAAUAGUACUGUUAACUACACUGAUUUGAAUGAGCCAUCGCCAUCGAUCGUUUCUAGCACGGAGGACGAUGCAAAACAAGACGUGAUCAGCAGCAGCACGCAGAGUGUCCGAAUAUCAUCGUACAGCGUGAGCAAGAGGCAAACAGACAUUUCCAAUGUCCCUCUUCCACCUUCGGCGGCGCUGUUCUAUUGCGGCGCUUCCCCAAAAAUGGAAGUUGUCGAAACAUGUGAAAGUGUUCUCAAGCUCAAUACGUAUCUUAAAUCCAGAAAGGAUGAUGUCAAUGCCGGCGUCCCCGGGAAGCUCCUGCAUGCUGUGAUCGGACCAGAUGUAUCCGACGUGGGAUCCGUUGCUUCGACCAUAGCUUUUGCAUUUUAUCUCGAUUGGACUAACAGCAGCAGCCAAUUCUGUUGUGUGCCGGUUAUCAACAUGAAAAGGGCUGAUCUUGAUUCGCAAUCUGAUCUCAAUUGGCUGCUUCAUUCGUGCCGCAUUGAUUUGUCGUCAUUAAUAUUUAUAGACGAGAUUGAUUUGUCCUACUACGACUUGUUUGGUAGCCUUAACCUCGUCUUGCUCAAUUGCGACAAGAUUCCUUCGCAACAAGAGGCACUGAAAGAAGCGAUUGUUGAAGUCUUGCAUUGCACAAAGUCUGAUGCUACAUAUGCUUGGGUUGAUUCUGUCACGGCGCGACAGGAUGGUUCGUGCUGCACUGUCAUUGCCGAAAAAUUCAUCAAUACUUCACCUGAGAUUCUGGCUGGGAAAGGAUUCAGUCGACUUCUGUUAGCCGGCAUCCUACUUGACACUGCAAAUUUAACAAAUCCAAACUGCACCUCUAAAGAUAAAUACAUGGCCACAUUGUUGAUCAAUGGAGCUGGCCGGUUCGGAUGCAAUGGGCUAUAUCAAAUUCUGAAGUUCAAAAGCUAUGAUGCAUCUGAUAACCUCAAAGUGGAUGGAAUUCUGCGGAAGGAGUUCCGGAAAUGGACGAGAUCAGGUAGAACAGUUAGCAACAGUUUAAGGUUGUCUGCACCAUGUGUUGGGAUGAGUUCGAUCGGUAUGUCUGUUGUGCAGCUGUUAGCAGCUCAUGACUCCACCUCGGUUCAAGAAAUCACUCAUUUCCAGAAAUCUGAAAAACUUGGCCUGUUGAUGGUUGUUUCUGGGUAUUAUGAUUCCCAGAAGAAGUUCAAGAGGGAAAUUAUGGUUUCUGCUGAAUCUGGCGAGCUUCUGAAGAGUCUGCAACAGUUCCUGGAUUCCAAUUCUUCUCAUCUGCUGCUGAAGCCUGUUCAUCAAUCUGGACUGAAAGAGGAGACGAUGAGGGUGUUCGAAACUGAUAAAGUCACUUCGCGAAGGACCAUCGAACGGCUCCUCGAGCAAUUCCUUGGGCCAUUAACCUGAUUAAGAUCACUUUGGUGCUUAUUGAUUAUAAAUAUAUAU